UGUGAUCCACGAUCCUCAUAGACGCACUGAAGGGAUUUGCGCGUAUUGUUUGGAAUUUCUUUUAAUAAAAAAUGAAAGAGAGAGAGAGAGAGAGAGAGAAACAACUGGAGAGAAAAGCGCGCUUUGCUUUCGAAUGACAGCAAACAGUAAGAGUGUAUGUUCCCAGACAGACAGACAGACUCGGCGUGUGUGUGUGUGUGUGUGUGUGUGUGGUGUGCGCACCGCGACUACCUGCACACAGAUUUGGAUUAGGACUAAUGAACUGGGGUUGAAUUAUCUCCUCUGGGCUGUUGACCAGACGCCUCGUUGUCUCGCUGUGGGAGUUCUUUUUUUUUUUUUUUUUUUUUUUCUUCUUCUUCUUCCUUUUCGGAUUUUGACGUCCGGAUUUUGACGAUGCCCGUCCGGACAUCUUCCGUCGCUUUUCCCAAAUGCUCACUUCUGGUGUCGCUGAGGAUUUUGCUUCUUGUGCUUCACGCAGGGUCUCCGGUCUACAGCCAGGGGGAUUCUCAGUCCGACAACAAAGUGAUGGACAACAUCACCGUCCGACAAGGAGAGACGGUCUUCCUCAGGUGUGAACAGGGAGAUGUUGUGACACACACAGCAUGGCUGAACCGCUCCAGUAUACUUUAUGCCGGCGAAGACAAAUGGUCUGUUGAUCCCAGAGUGAGUCUGGUGACCCUUAACCAGGAGGAGUUUACCAUUAAGAUUGAAAAUGUGGACAUGACGGAUGAAGGACAGUAUGUGUGCGCAGUCCAGACAAGCAGUCGGCCGAGAACAACCUCAGUACAUGUUCUUGUCCAAGUGCCUCCAAAAAUCAUCAACUUUUCAAGGGAUAUUGUGGUAAAUGAGGGAUCUAAUGUUACCCUGAUGUGUCAAGCCGGCGGUAAACCAGAGCCGUCCAUCAGCUGGAAAUUUAUCUCCAAUUCAGGGGACCUGGCUUCAGAUGAUGAGCUGCUGGAAAUCUCCUCCAUCUCCAGACAGAAGGCAGGGGUUUACGAAUGCACGGCUGUCAAUGAUAUCGACACGGACGUUCAGACUGUAGACAUCACUGUCAACUAUCCUCCGAGCGUGUCAGAGGGCAGAGAUGCUGGAGUGACUCUGGGUCAGAGAGGAGUGCUGGAGUGUGAGGCCGACGCAGUGCCAGAGGCAGAUUUCGAGUGGUAUAAAGACAACAGAAGGAUCUUUAAUGGCUUUGACGGCAUGGAGAUCAUCAACACAGGAUCCCUGUCAAAGCUGACCUUUCAUAACGUGUCUGACGGUGAUUACGGGAACUACACAUGUGUUGCCGUCAACAAACUAGGCAGUUCAAACACAAACUUCCUUUUGUAUGUGGUAAUUGAACCCACUAGCUCAACACUACUGCAAGGACCGAGAGCAGUUCAGGACGGCAGUGGCGGUGUGAAGACAGCGCACUUUCACACCUGUCUCCUCUUCAUAGCAUUUUUGCCCUUCCUGCUACGCUUUUGAAGAGAAUUGGAUUUGAAAACAAUUGGUUUGUUUGCAAGCGUGCACGUGUGAGUGAGCGCGUGCGUGUGUGUGUGGGCGUGUGUGGGUGUGUGUGUGUGUGUGCGCAUUUUUUUCUCCCACAGAAACAUAAACUGAUGCACAAUGAAGUAUCUUGUAAAGCACUGAUUUUGACCUUCUUAAUAAGUUUUGGUUGUCUUUCUUUCCUCUUUCAACUGAAGAUUUUCAAUAUUUUUGUCUAAAUUAUAUAUAUAAAAAAAAUGUGUUACUUCCUUUGACAUUUAAAAAAGUAACCUGUUAUUUAAAUGUCUUUAUCUUAUUGCAGUGGUUCUUUUAUUUUUAAUCACAUUGAAUAUUAAUCUCAGCUGCAGCAAAAUGCAAAUUUUCAGCUAGUAUGAGAGGUGAAUGAUAAAUACCUCAAAGUCAAAGUGAGAGAGUGGAGCAGGAGCAAUGGAGGUUACAUGAAGACAUUAUCAUUUUGUAAUGUAUAUUAUUAUCAUUCAGUCUGCUUUGGAAGCAGAACUGUUUUUGACUUAAAAAUUUUUUUUUCCUUCUCAGCGUUGUAAUAUUAUUAUAAUAUAUUGGAGUUGUGUAAUGCUAACUUUAUUUUAAUUUUCCAAGUAUAUUUAGUCCUGAAUAUGUUGAACAUGAGAACAGAAGAGAUAAAAAAUUGUAAUUAUUUACAAAUAUAUCAGAUUAUCUGUCUUUGUUGUCUAUUCUUUUUUUUCUUUUCCAAUAUAGCCUGUACACUAAAGUGUUAAGUAUAUUCAUAAUAGUAUUAAGUAUUUAGAAAUGGUGAAAGAGUUUUAUUUCAUUUUUGUAAUGCCAAUUUAUGAAUGCUUCUUGUUUUACCUCAUGCCAUUUAUACAUAACAUAAUUAUUUGGAAAAAAUAAAAAUAAAGUGGACCUGCUCACGUUCAUAAAAAAAAAAAAAAAAAAAGAUUUACUGGAUCGUUCAUAAUCUGUUAACAGAGAGUACCAUGUUGUAGUUUUUAUAUAUACAAAAAAGAAAAGAAACACAAAAUGUGCUGGUUCCCCUAAAUGAUGUCCUGUGGCCGGAUACAGAGCCCUGUGGAAUUCCUUGAUUGACGUCAUGCUUUUCAACUGUAUGUAUUUGGUGAAAUUCAAAUAGUCCGACUAUUUAAAAAAAUGUUAUGUCUUAUUUUUUUACUUUUUCAAAAAAAAGGAAGCAGAGAAUUUCCCAAGUCGAAUUCUGUCAAUCACAACAAGAAGUGGUUUGUGCACGGUGCCACGAUGUUGUCCUUGAUUCUCUGGGCCCAAAGGAGUGACAUGAAGGUUUUAACAACAUCUCGUGCAUAGAAAGUUUUUGAUAUUAAGAUUAAGAUUAUAUUUCUCAAAAAAGUCAAGUCUGUCUCAUGAAUAUUGGCUUGAUAAUGAGGCCCCGGGGUGAGUUCAUGACGCUGUCUGUAUUUGAAAGUCUUAUUUGGAAGGUAGAACAGAAGCAGUUCUGGAGAAAUUAUAAUGCAAAUUAUUUGUAAGCACUGUGAUAAAACUGCAACAGGCUGCAGUUAAAGAUGCUAAGAUCAACAUCUGCCCUGUAGGCAGUGGAAAAUUCUAAGGGCCCUUGACCACAGCGGGGCCCCCACAAUUUUUAUAGAAAUGGAAAAAAAAAUCAGUCAAUUACUGUUAUUGUGUAUUUUUUUUAUUGUUUUUAGCAGUAAAAAUUAAAUGUUCCCCCUCCCAGACCAAAAAGCACACGUCCAUAUUUGCACUGAACUCCCCCCCAUCUGCGUUAAAUGGUUCGUUCCUGCUUAGUGCUUGACGGUGACGUUUCAGCAGCAGUCAGUAGA